GCAGGAGCGUGCACAGAGCAGGACGAGGAACCUUGCAGAGCAGAGAGGAGCAGCCGGAGGGAUUAAACGGGUGCACUUCCGGCUCACUGCGGAAGUGCUUCAUUCAUUCAGAGCGCUGCUGUUUGUGUGCUUUUGUAGCGCCUCUGCGGCUUCCACGCCAUAAUACACACGCUUAACCAACCCAAAAUCACACUUUGGGUUAUUUUUGUACUUACUUUUGCAUCAUUACUAACUUUUAGUUUUAAAAUGUCCAGAAGACGGCACAGCGACGAGAAUGAGGGGGGGCAGCCUCACAAAAGGAGGAGGACAUCAGAGCCCAUCGAGAUAGAAGACCGCCUGGAGUCACUCAUAUGUCGAGUUGGAGAGAAGAGUACAUCCUCUCUGGAGAGUAACCUGGAAGGCCUGGCAGGAGUCCUGGAGGCUGACCUGCCUAACUACAAAAACAAGAUUCUACGCAUCCUCUGCUCUGUGGCACGGCUGCUGCCUGAGAAACUCACUGUCUACACCACACUGGUCGGGCUCCUCAAUGCACGCAACUACAACUUCGGAGGAGAGUUUGUGGAGGCCAUGAUCCGACAGCUCAAAGAGACACUCAAGAAUAACCUGUACAAUGAAGCGGUUUACCUGGUACGUUUCUUGUCUGACCUAGUGAACUGUCAUGUGAUUGCCGCUCCCUCCAUGGUGGCCAUGUUUGAGAACUUUGUCAGUGUAACUCAGGAAGAAGAUGUGCCCCAGGUGCGCUCAGAUUGGUUUGUGUAUGUGGUGAUGUCCUGUCUCCCUUGGGUGGGCAAAGAGCUGUACGAGAAGAAAGACGUGGAGAUAGACCGCUUGCUCAGUCAGAUCGAAGGCUAUCUCAAGAGACGAGUGAAGACGCAUGUACCCAUGCUACAGGUGUGGUCUGCAGAAAAGCCCCACCCACAGGAGGAGUACCUGGACUGCCUGUGGGCUCAGAUCCAGAAGCUGAAGAAGGACCGGUGGCAGGAGAGACACAUCCUGAGGCCGUACAUAGCCUUUGACAGUGUGCUAUGUGAGGCCCUACAGCACAACCUGCCCCCCUUCACCCCUCCAGGACAUAUGCCAGAUGCCCACUACCCCAUGCCUCGUGUUGUCUUCCGCAUGUUUGACUACACCGACGCACCCGAGGGCCCUGUGAUGCCCGGAAGCCAUUCUGUGGAGAGGUUUGUCAUAGAAGAGAACCUCAACUGUAUCAUCAAGACCCACUGGAAAGAGCGCAAGACCUGUGCGGCACAGUUACUCAGCUAUCCAGGCAAAAGCAAGAUCCCUCUCAACUACCACAUUGUGGAGGUGAUCUUUGGACAACUGUUCCAGCUGCCCGUCCCUCCCCACAUCGACGUCAUGUACACCACACUGCUCAUCGAACUGUGCAAACUGCAGCCAGGGUCACUCCCACAAGUUCUGGCCCAGGCCACAGAGAUGCUCUACAUGAGACUAGACACAAUGAACACCACGUGCAUAGACAGGCUCAUAAACUGGUUCUCUCACCAUCUCAGCAACUUUCAGUUCCGCUGGAGCUGGGACGACUGGGCAGACUGUCUGACUUUGGAUCCUGAGAUGCCCAAGCCCAAGUUUGUCAAAGAGGUCCUGGAGAAGAGCAUGAGACUGUCGUACCACCAGCGCAUCGUGGACAUCGUACCCCCCACCUUUUCGGCUCUCAUCCCCAAAGAGCCCCUCUUCAUCUACAAGUAUGCAGACGAGAGCACCGCCUCUUUACCAGGUUACCCAGUCUCCAUGAUGGUGCAAAACGCCAUCAAGAACAAAGCUACCAACGAGGAGAUCCUCAGCAUCCUUAAAGAAGUGCCCAACCCCAACCAGGAGGACGAUGACGAUGAGGCCGAGAGCUUUAACCCUCUGAAAAUCGACGUGUUUCUGCAGACCCUGCUGCACAUGGCUGCUAAGUCCUUCAGCCACUCCUUCAGCGCCCUGGGCAAGUUUCAUGAGAUCCUGAAGGCACUUACAGACAGUGACGAGGGAAAGCUGCACAUUCUCAAAGUAGUGUACGACGUGUGGAGGAACCACCCUCAGAUGAUUGCUGUUCUGGUGGACAAAAUGAUCCGCACUCAGAUUGUGGACUGUGCUGCUGUGGCCAACUGGCUCUUCUCUCAAGACAUGGCCCACGAAUUCACCAGGCUCUACAUCUGGGAGAUCCUCCACUCCACCAUCCGCAAAAUGAACAAGCAUGUGCAGAAGAUCCAGAAGGAGCUGGAGGAAGCCAAGGACAAGCUGGAGAAGCAGCAGCACAAGAGGAGGGACAGCGGUGAUGAUGAGGAUAUGGAGCGUACCAGUGAAGAUGAGGAGGCUCAGCUGGAGGAGCAGAUCGAGAGGCUGCAAGAGAAGGUGGAGUCGGCUCAGAGCGAGCAGAAGAACUUGUUCCUCGUCAUCUUCCAGAGGUUCAUCAUGUUGCUGACAGAGCACCUGGUGCGCUGUGAGACGGGCAGUGUGGACAUCAGCACACCCUGGUACAGAAACUGCAUUGACCGACUGCAGCAGGUCUUCCUCAUGCAUCAUCAGACCAUCCAGCAGUACAUGGGCACCCUUGAGAACCUACUCUUCACGGCCGAGCUCGACCCACACAUCCUGGCUGUGUACCAGCAGUUCUGUGCCCUCCAGCUCUGAGACCCCUUCUCUGUUAACCCCCCACCCCCUGGUCAAGCGGUCCCCCCUGUCACAUCAAUCUGUUUUUAUAUUUGUUUUAUGUGGAAUGGAAAAUGAUUAAAUUCUCCUGAGUCC